UGUGCUACAUCUGCUCGCUGGUGCUGUGCUGCCUGCUCACCUGCGCCAUGCUGCUCCGGAGCCUGGGCAUGCACAGGUCCAACCUGCGGGCACUGUACCAGGGCGCCGUGCUGGACGUGUUUUCCAAGGCCCACAUCCUGCGGCCUUCCCGGGAAUCCCUCGUCUGCUGGAUGGCCUUCUCCAGCUUCCAGGCGGCCUUCGCCUGCCUGGGUCUCCUGAUCCAGCAGGUGAUUUUCUUCCUCUGCUUCGUGGCCUUCACCUUCCUGGUGGUGAUCCCGCUCCAGCUCGGCACCAGCUCCCCGCUCUUCGGGAUCAUCCGGAACAUGUGGCCCUUCUGGCUGACCCUGGUGGUGGCCGUGCUCGUGCAGCAUCUCCUGGCCCAUUUCCAGUUCCUGGAGCAGCAUUCCCUGCAGAAGGAGAUCACCAACAGGCGCGCGCUGUUCAUCGUCACCUUCCUGCUCUUCCCCACCAACGUCCUGGUGGGCUCCAUGGCAGCCGUGUGGCGCGUGGUCAUCUCCGGCCUCUACAACGCCGUCCACUUCUGCCGGCUGGACAUCAGCCUGCUGCACCGCGGCGUGGAGACCUUCGACCCAGGGUACCGCACCUACUGCCACUACCUGCG